AUGGCGGCGCUUGAACCGACGGUACCAUCAUAUACGACUGCGUUCGCUCUAUUCGAGGCACUCUGGGAAGCGGGGAUCACGGCUUGCUUCGUCAAUGUUGGUUCAGACCACCCAUCAAUUCUCGAGGCCAUCGUCAAAGGUAAGCGAGAGCGGCCUGGCUCUUGGCCCCGGAUUAUCACAUGUCCUGCUGAGGUGACCGCCAUUUCCAUGGCUGAUGGAUAUGCUCGGGUAUCCGGAAAACCGCAAGCAGUUCUCGUUCAUGUUGACGUUGGUACUCAAGCUCUUGGCCAAGGAGUCCAUAACGCCAGCAUUGGCCGUGUCCCAGUCUUCAUCUUUGCCGGCAUGUGUCCGUACACUGAGUCUGGCGAACUCCCGGGCUCACGUACGGAAUACAUGCACUGGCUUCAAGAAGCUCCCGAUCAAAAAGCCAUUGUACGACAGUACUGCCGCUAUACCGGGGAAGUCCGCACGGGGUUAAACAUCAAGCAGACCAUUGGACGGGCGCUUCAGUUUGCCAACAGCACGCCAAACGGGCCAGUUUACGUUUCUAGCGCCCGGGAAGUUUUGGCACAGGAAAUACAACCGUACUCACUGGAUCAAGAGCAAUGGGUACCGAUUGGGCCCAGCGCUCUUCCACUUGACGCUGUUCGCAACAUCAGUACGGCACUUGUAGAAGCCCAACGGCCACUUAUCGUCACAGGGUACUCUGGUCGGGAUCGCCGCUGUCCAGAUCUUCUUGUUGCUUUGGCGGAUCUGAUUCCAGGCAUUCGAGUUCAUGAUACCGGAGGAAGCGAUGUGUGCUUCCCUUUCACACAUGCCGCAUCUGAGGGCUUUCGCCUGAGCUUUGACGAAUGCACCAAGGACACUGAUAUGGUCUUCCUACUGGAUUGUGAUGUGCCUUGGAUUCCAUCUCGAAAUCCCCCUCCCAAGCAAGCCAAGAUCUACCACGUGGAUUGUGACCCCUUAAAUCAACAGAUUCCGGUCUCAUUUUUCCCGGCUCACGGACGCUGGAGAGCAGACGCUUUCACUGCUUUGAGCCAAAUUGUUGAAUGCAUUAGGAAUGAUGCUUCCCUUACCGAAAAGUUAAAAGAUCCCAAAUAUGUCACUCGCGGAGCCGCCCGAGCAAAAGUUCACGCAUCUCGAUUGGCAGAUAUUGCUCGUCAGGCUCGUCUGGAAGAUGCAGAACCGCUCAAUGCUGCUAAUAUCGGCACCGUUCUGAAAUCAUCUCUACCAGAGUCCACGACGUUUGUUGUUGAAGCCGUUACGGCUGCUCAGACUCUGUCAGACCAUUUGCAACUCACUCAGCCGGGAAGCUGGAUUAACUGUGGUGCAACAGGAAUUGGUUGGAGCAACGGCGCUGCCCUCGGAGUGAAAAUGGCAUUAACAGAUUUGGAUGCUGAAGGGCAUGACAAGCCAAAUCUUGUUUGCCAAAUUGUCGGGGAUGGUAGUUUCAUGUGCGCCGCGCCAUCUAGUGCUCUUUGGGUUGCGAGCAAGUAUGAGAUUCCAAUUCUCACAAUUGUCUUGAACAAUGGCGGUUGGAAAGCCCCUCGAAACUCGGCGGAGCUCGUCUAUCCAGGUGGGCUUGCUUCCACUGCUACUGACGACGAGAUAAACGUGUCAUUCCGCCCUACUCCCAACUACGCGGCAUUGGCUGAAGCAGCUGCUGGAUCUGAAGGUGGUUUUGUAGCUUCGGCGGAUAACAACAAGGCAUGGAUGAAGGGUACGAGAGUCAGGAGAGUGGGAGAUCUCAAAAAGGCCCUUGAGCUUGCGGAAUUGAGGGUUGUGAAGCAGCAGAAAGGAAUGCUGAUUGAAGUUUUACUCUAG